AUGUCCAAUGUGGUUCAUAUAGCCUCCGUCUGCACGAUCGUCCCAGCGAUUCCAACGCGCCAGCCUUGUACUCUCUGGCUUUGCAACUUUCAGAUCCAGCUCCUGUCCGAGAACUAUCUCAAGCAAGUCUACUAUUUCCCAGAAGCAGUGGAUUCGUCACCAGGCUCCUUCGAUCGAUUGGUGACGAGCUUAAAAGUAUCCUUGUCUCAGGUUCUCGUUCCAUACUACCCAAUAGCGGGGAGGCCCCGGAUCGCCGGUCUCGACCGCCCGGUUCUCGAGUGCAACGACCAAGGCGUCGAAUUUGUGGUGGCAUUUGCCAAUGCGAGCUUCCACGACUGGGGCGAUUCCAUGAAGCACUGCUCAAUCGAGCAUGAGCUCAACCCGGCACAGACCGAGAUCACGGAUCACGAGAACUUCCCACAGCUCAAAGUCCAG